AUGGCAGAAGGGGCUGCUAGGAGGAAAUCAGCGGUGUCACAAAAGCGGGCGCGCGAGGCAUCCAGCAGCAGCAAUAGAGGGCGCUCCUUGCCCACUGUUGACACCGCCGCGCCGAACGGUGCAGAUGAGUCGAAUGCGUUCUUCGUUCACAUCAACGGCUGGCCAUGUAGUGUCUCGUCGGAGACGCCCUUCGUCAACCUGCGGGAAAUGUGCGGGCAGGCGGGAGUUCUGCUGCAAGACGUAACGGUGUGCGGGUCCCCACUGCUGCUGCUGCCUUGCCCGCACACAGGCAACGUCCGAGUGCUGCCGCGCCGUUGCUACCGGCUGAUGAAGUUCAUCGGAGAGCACUUGUGCCUCGCAGGCGAUUUUGCGCCGGUCGCGGACGACGAUGACGUUGCAGUCCGGCUUCACAUGUUGGAGGACGGCGCGUUGCGACGGCAGCGACGCGAGGCGUGGGCGAUGAGUGAGUUGGUGGGCAUGAUGGCGUUCCUGCGGAAGAACCCGCACAGCAAGCCGCGGGACUUCGAGGCCCUCUCCCCAGAGGAGGCGGCGCGUUACCACGCGGUCGGGAGCAUCUCACUGCUCGGUGGCCAAACGGAUGACGACGACGGAGGCAAGGAGGUGGAGAGUGAGGGCGAGGUGCAUGAGACGGGCAAGAAUGACAACUGCGGCACGGGGGGUUCGAAGGGGAAGCGGCGGCGGAAGUGA